AUGCAGUACGUGCGCAACUUGAGCGACUCCGUGUCGACAGCAUGGAACUCCAUCAACCCGGCCACCCUCAGCGGUGCCAUCGACGUCAUCGUCGUUGAGCAGGAGGACGGCACUCUGAUGUGCUCUCCCUUCCACGUGCGCUUCGGCAAGUUCUCGCUGCUGCGGCCCUACGAGAAAAAGGUCGAAUUCAAGGUCAACGGCGCCCGCCAGGACUACUCCAUGAAGCUCGGCGAGGGCGGCGAGGCCUUCUUCGUCUUCGAGACCACCGACGACAUUCCCCAGAGCAUGCAGACGUCGCCCAUCUCCUCGCCCGUCAGCAGCCCGUCCCUCGGCCCCCAGACACCGCCCUCCAGUGCCACCGAGGCGUCUGCUCUGCCGUCGUUGCAGGAGCCCUCGCUGCUGGCUCUGGACAUGGAGUCGGGCAAACCGCGCUCUGCCACCUUGACGUCCCGCACCGCCCCCAAGGGCAUCGUGCACUCCUCUACCGCACAGCAGAAGAACGGCCUUCUCACCCCGCUCUCUGCCUCUCCCGAGAUCUACGCCGGCCGUCCGCGGUCGGGCGACUGGGGGUCGCUUGCGCAGCGGUCACAGAGCGACGACAUCCUGCGCCAGGCCGCCCGCCAGCCGUCCCUCACGGCCGGCGAGUCGACCCGCGCCGAGUCGGUCGAGCGCGAAACGAGCAACGGCAGCCCGAAGCUGUCGGAACGCUCGCACAGCCCGCCCCCGCUGGCCCCCGCCGAGGCCAUUGAGCGCGCGAUUGCGCUCUCCAAGGAGCUCGAGUCCGUCAACAUUCCCAGCCGCGUCACCGACUCCGGCGACCUGAUGCUCGACAUGACCGGCUUCAAGAACAGCGAAGAGGAGGCCCUGCGCGCCGAGGUCCUGGCCCGCCGCGUGCUCGCCAACGAGCUGCAGGGCAACUACGACGUCGGCGCCCUCUUUGGUAUGGACGAGCAGGGCAACCUGUGGAUCUACAGCAGCGAGGAGGCCAAGGAGGCCGCCAUGCGCCGCGUCAUGGAGUCCUCGGGCAUGAACCGCAAUCCCGCCGUCGCCAUCGACGCCGCCUCCGACCCGGGCUACCAGAGCGACGACAGCGCCAACUCCACGCCGCAGCUGAAACCCGCGCACCGCCGCUCCGAACCACCCCCCCCCUCGUCCCCGGGCCCUGUGGCCGCCGUCGGCGACCCCAACCGCAACUACGCCAAGACGCUGCGCCUGACGAGCGACCAGCUCAAGGCGCUGCGCCUGCAGCCCGGCGAGAACACCAUGAGCUUCACCGUCAACAAGGCCACCUGCUCGGCCUACAUGUACCUGUGGAAGUACGGCGUGCCCGUCGUCAUUUCCGACAUUGACGGCACCAUUACCAAGUCGGACGCCCUGGGCCACGUGCUGAAUAUGAUUGGCCGCGACUGGACCCAUGCCGGCGUCGCCAAGCUCUACAGCGACAUUGCGGCCAACGGCUACAACAUCAUGUACCUAACCAGCCGCUCCGUCGGCCAGGCCGACUCCACCCGCACCUACCUGGCCGGCAUCCUGCAGAACGGCUACCGCCUGCCGCGCGGCCCCACCAUCUUGUCGCCCGACCGCACCAUGGCCGCCCUGCGCCGCGAGAUUUACCUGCGGAAGCCCGAGGUGUUCAAGAUGGCCACGCUGCGCGACAUCCGCAACCUAUACGGCACCAACACGCACCCCUUCUACGCCGGCUUCGGCAACCGCCUGACGGACCAGAUCUCGUACCGCACCGUCGACGUGCCGCGCAACCGCAUCUUUACCAUCAACGCCAAUGCGGAGGUGUCCCUCGACUUGCUGAGCCUCAACAUGCUCAAGCUGACCUACGUCAACAUCACCGAGGUCGUCGACCACUACUUCCCGCCCAUCAGCACGCUCGUCAAAGGCGGCGGCGAAGAGUUUACCGACUUCCGGUACUGGCGCGACGCGCCGCUGGAGAUGGACGAGUUUUCCGACAGCGAGUCGGACGACGACGUGGACAACCACCGGCACCACCGCGGCCGCCCGCUGCCGAAGCGGCGGACCAGCCGGUACGACGAGGUGGAAGAGGAGGAGGAGGACGACGACGACGACGACGAAGAAGACGAUGACGAGUACGACGACGAGGAGGAGUACGACGACGAAGACAAUGGCGACAUGGGCGACAGUUAUAUGUCGCGCAACUCCAUGGACGACUAUGGCGAGGGCAGCGUGCUCAGCGGCGACUUGGAAGGCGAGGGCGACGUGGAGGACGAGCGCAUGGGCGGCGACCCGACCGUGCAAAACGUGCAGAACGUGUCCAUUGCCUCCAUCUCGCGCGACGAGCCUCUGCCGACGACAGAAGGCGACGACGACGACGACGAAAACAAAGCCGAAGGAAACGAGCCGCAGCCUGCGCACCAACCCGCGGCUGCGACCGACAACAAACUCUCCUCGUCCGCCUCGAGCUCGGCUGCCGAAGACGUCGACGCCGAAGCCAUUACGGGCGUCAAGAAUCUGGUCAUUGACCGCCCGACGCCGAAAGAGUAA